AUGUCCUCGAUGGCACCUUCGUGGAUAUUGGACUUGUCCUUUGGAACUGCCAACUUCACGUCUUUUGGCUGUAUAACCAAGCCUUUCACCUGGGAUUCUGCUGGAAUCUCUCCCUUUAUCUCGGCAGUUUCUUCUGCGUCACUAUCAUCAGAUCCAGUGGCAAAUGACGGUUUGGGAAUGGGUAUAUCAACAUCGUCACCUCCCAGAUCCUCGUCGUCCAUUAUUUCCGGAACGGCAUCCACCACCAAUCCACCUGUACCAUUAACCAUCUCACACAACUCCUUUUUGAGUUGCAAAACCGUUGCAUCACUGGCUAUCGACACGAAGAUCGUGUAUGUCUUUCUCUUGAGACGGAGAGUAAGAGGGAUCUUGCUCGCUUUCUUAGGUGGCUGUGGAAUUGGGCCGCGGGCCUUUAGUUAG